UAAGAGUUAUGUCACGUGACCAGUGUGCCAGCCCAGCGUGCAGCUUGCUGUCUGUCUGUACAGUGGAGUUGAUGAAACAUGUUGUCGUUUGAAGACCUGAUGACAAGUCUGCAAGACUUUAAGAUCACUGAGGAUCAAGCCUCUGAAAAUGUCAGCCAAACAUUCAGGCUCUUCUUUGAUAAACUGUGUGAAUCCUCCAGGAGCAGUGUGAAAAGAUGUAAAGAGCGCUGUUUAGAGGAGGCUGUCCAGCUGCUGAGACAGAUAUCAGAGGCUCAGCUUCAUGGCUUAGAGGAGAAACAUCUCCUGCUUCUUGUCAGACUCCUCAUCUCUCUGCAGCUGCAGAUGGCCAACAUCUCCACAGCCUGCCGUAAAGUGGACCAGAUGUUGCAACAUCUGGCUAAGGUGGACCACCAGUUGGUUUUUAGAGAAACCCAUCACUGUUUGCACUCCAUAGUCCAUACUGACCAGGUAUUGUCUUUUGAGGAUCUGCAGAGAGUCUGUAUGUUCCUGGAAGACAGCACGGCUGGUCGUGAGGUGUGGCGAGAGUCAUUCCUGUCUUUGCUGAAUAAAGUGUCCGAGUUAUUCCCGGUUGUAUUGCAACAAGAAUCCCUCAGAGACGGGCCGCUGUGUUACAUUGCCGUCAAGGUGUGUUUGCAAAUAUUCCAGCUGUUGUCCAGUGAAGUGUCUCCUCUAGUGUGGGCCGAGGAGGAGCACAAGGACCCAACAGUGGAGAGGAUCUUACAGGCUCUUAUGGACAUCAUACUUGGACAGUGCUGCAACAAGGACACCCGUCUGUUGGCGGGCACUGCUGUGGCCAUGCUGACCAACACAGCAUCAGAGAGCAGAGCUGGAGAAGCUGCUGCCUGGAGUCUGCUACAGGUCUCUCACUCAGAGCCCUGGUUGCUGACAGUUGGUACUCUCCAGGUAAAGUGCAACCCUACAGGGAAGGAUGGAGUGGACAGGCUGGCUGUGAGCAGGGGCCUCCUGACCUGCUGCCGACCUCACAUCCUGCUCAGCUCACACGUGGAUGCCACAGAAUGUUUAUUGCUGAAAGGUUUGUUUCCUCUGGUCUACGCUCUGUGUGAGGAGAAGCUGGAUUGCCACAACUUUGCCUUUGAAGCGUUAACACUGUGGCUGAAGAAAGUUAAAGAAUGUCUGGCUGAUAUCUGGAAGAUGACGGGCGUUCGCCUUCUGCCUGACGAUGGCAGCCUGCAGCGAGAGCUCAUUCACGUUAUCUGGACCAAUGCAGAGAGCCCAGUGGAAGGUGUGUCGGAGUUUGUGCGCAGUGCCUUCUGUCUCCUGCUGGACCUCUACGAGAUGGACUGUGAGCAGUUUGGUGACACAAAGAAGACUCUUUAUUUUACUCUACUGCAGCGAAUAAUCAAACUACCCUGGGAAGCCAAAGCCAAAUAUCAUCGCCUGUGUGCCCUGCUGCCAUACCUGGGUACUGACAUGGUGCUGGAUCAAUAUGCUGAAAUACCCAAUCAUCUCCUGAAGUGCCUGUCGGUCAAUCACCUGUCGCCGUGUGGAGCGGAGCUUUACAAGAGUCUGAUCCAGCAGCAGAGGCGAGAGCUACGUGAUACCUCACACACUGAGCUGGAUCUGGCCAAUCAGUGGGCGAAGCGCUGGCGGCCCGUCCUUCACGAGGCGCUGACGUCUGAUGUGGCUCUUCUACAAAACCACAGCUCCACACUCUUAUUACCCAGCACCUUUCACGUCUUCCCCUCCGCUGUGGAUCCUCUGCUAGCCUCUCUGGACCCGUUCGCCCCCGGCCACCUCCACGCCUGGGCCUGCAUCGUGAGCUCCUACCGAUCCACGACGGGAGGCUCUCCCUGGGCUUUGCAGGGUAGCUCAACCCUUGAAACCCUCCAGCUGGCUCUAGGGUCUGCAGAGGACAAAGUCCGCCUCGCCGCUCUCAGCGUCCUCUGCUGCAGCCCAAAGACCAAAGACACUCCGACCACGGAGGAGAUGUCAAUAAUGAGGGUGUUUAUUCCUCAGAACCUGAACUGUGAGUCCUCGCCUUUUCGCCAACAUUUUCAGGCCGGGGUGAAGAGGUUUCUGGUUCGUAUCAGAGACGGCUGCUUGGCACAUGUCAGGGGACAGAAGGGCAAAAAGAAAGGAGAUGCCACCCACUCAGAGACGACACAGGACAUACUGGAGCAGGGAGUAGGUUUUGUUGAAUGGUUAGGUCAACUUCCAUACAGCUAUCUGGCACCAGGACACAGUUUUCAGAGGAAGAAGACUGCGUUGCUGUUGCUGUCUGCAGUGCUGGAGACCUGCACAGACACCUGGAGCCCAGACAAAAAGAAGGGACAGCCUCCAGCACAUAUGGGGUCUCUUAUAAACUGUGCCAGACAAAGAGGACAGUGGGAUUUCGUCUGCAGGACCAAACAGCUGGUCCUCAUCAGCUGUUUAGAAGAUUCUACCAAUGAGAUUCGGGAGCUCUCAGCUGGGUUAUUAUUGAGGUUUUUCCCGGCCAGUUUUCCAGAUGACAUCGCAGCGGUGCUGCUCACGCGAACCAAACAGCUCCUGUGCAGUCCUCGGGUGCAGGAGGCUCAGAUGGGAGCGCUGAUGAUGAAGGUCCUCCUUCAGAAUUGUUCUACUUGUAGAUCACAGGACCAGCAUGAGGACUGCAGGCUGAACAGUAACAUCACUGUCGGCGGUGGAAGUAACCCCAAGGCCUCCUGCAUGGUCAGAUUCCUGGUGAGGGAGCUGGAGGAGCACUAUCUGACAGCCAAGGCUGACAUGAUGCUUGCUGCCAGAACCAAGCCUAUACAUGGUCUUCUAAGUGCCCUCCAGAGGUGCUUGCUCGAGGCACCCAGCAGUGUCUAUGACACACUUGACCACAGUCUGACCGUUGAGGUGCUGGUCCUGCUGGAGAGUGUGUCUCUGCUGCUGCUGACUGCUCUGUAUGGAGACCAGGAUGCCACUUGUGCCAGUGAGAAGGAUGCCCCUCCAUCUUUUUAUGAUAUGGGAAACGCCAUCAGCUCUUUGAUAGCCCAAGAGUCUGGAGGAGGCCAAGAGGAUGGAGAGGAGUGUGUCCUGUUAUCUGAGGAGCACAGCCUCGUCCUCACCUGCUGCUGGGUCUCCAUCAAGGAAAUAGGAAUCUUUUUGGGUUCUCUGGUGGAGAAAAUUCUCACUAAAUCCAAACCCAGCGAGUGCCUCCUAACAAAAGAGGAUCUAACGAGAGCAUCAAACGUGUACAAGAAUAUUUUUCUCAAAUGUCGUCACUGGGGGGCAGUAGAGGGGUGCUGCGGAGGCUUCACCAAGUUCUGUGCCUCUCUGUUGAGCAGCAGUGAUCCAGAGAUUAGGGACAUCCCGGCCCACAUGCUGAAACAAGGAUUGCAGGUUGUGCGGUCCCCUCGGUCCACCUCGGUGACCCGAAGGGCUGCAGGGUUGCCGAUGCUCAUCCUGUGCGUUGUGUCAGCGGAGGAGGUCGGUAAAUCACGACCGCUGUUAGCCCACAGCAUGCAAAUCUUACUGGAGACGGCCAAAUCCCCUCUACCCGAGAACUGGGACCAGACACUGGACCUGCCACAGGUGUGUGCGGUUCACACUCUGCAGGCCCUGGUUCGUGGUUCUGGUCUGGGAGUAGCCGUCCUUCAGUUUGCUCCUGCUGUAGCCAUCUUGUCCCUCACGCUGAUCAGUUCUCCCUGCUGGGCCAUGAGGAAUGCUGCUCUGCAACUUUACAGUUCUCUAUGCUCGCGAAUGCUUGGCCAGCGGCCCAGCAGCGAGGAGGGUGGCCCUACCCUGCACGGCCUGUCCCCCCUUGCCUUUUUCUUCCACUACCCUGCGCUCCAGCCCUUCCUCCUGGGCGAGCUAAGAGGGGCGGCUCAAGACCUCCAGGGUCCUGCUCAUGAGGCUAAACUUCAUCUCCAACCCUCGCUCUUCCCCGUCCUCACUCUGUUAGCACAACUCCAGCCUGGCGUCCAAGACUCAACAGAAACUUUGUCAGACUUCCUGCCUCCUUUGCUCCAGCUGUCUGCCAGUCCUAUUUACAGCGUGAGAGUGAUGGCCUCGAAGGCUUUGGUUGCCAUGACUCCCCCCUCAGAGUACAUGAACAUCCUCAUCAAACUGACGGCUCAGCUGCCCGGUCCACAGGAGCGCUGCUGUCACAACCGGCUGCACGGACAGCUGCUGCAGAUCAGAGCUACUCUGGAGAGAGCUCUCUGCACAGUCAGUCCCAGUGCCCCUUCAGCUGACCUGUGUGAGGUGCUGAGCAGGGUGGACGCCUCCAUGUGGCUGGUGACUGAAGCUCAACGCUGCCCCCUAGUGAGAGCGGCCUACCUCAGUGUGGCAGACUCACUGAGAGGACUCUGCUGUGAGACCUACUCGUCAAAGCUCAGUGACACACUCGUGCACAACCUCCAAACACCUCAACGGGAGCUUCAGAUCGGGUCGUCAUCCUUCCAUCAACAAGCCAUCCGCUUUCUAUGUGCAGAUCUAAAGUGGGCUUGUCCAAUCUGGGACACCUUCUCUGCAGCGAGCCCUGAUCUGAGGCUCUCAUUGGUCACGUGGGUGGUGGAUGGGCGGGGUUCGCAGCAGACUGGCUUGAAAGAGGUGAUCCAGAGUGUGUUGCAGUCAAACCUGAAGGAGGCAUUGUUGAGCCACAGUGUGGAGUACCGCAGGACCUUCCUAGCAGCUCUGGUGGCAGUGAUGGCCGGAGGCAAUUCUACUUUACCCCAACAUCUUCCCCAGUCGGCCCCACUGGAGGAGCCAGUUCUGCCUGAGUGUCUGGAUUUGUUGCUGGGGGACCUGGAGGACCAGCGAGGGGGGCCAGAGUUUCUGUCACAGGCUCUGUAUGCUGCUAGUCUGCUGCUCUCCCAGUGUUCACACUGCAGUCCCAAGAUAUCCGUGAUCCAGCGCUGGUGUAGCGUCUUGGAGUGCCACCGAUCCCCUGACGUGCCUGAAGUGCUCAGGAUGGCGUGUGCUGGAGCUCUGUGUGUGGCUGGAGUUCCUCUAAUGAGCCGCGGCACUCCGCCUGCCAUCAUGAACAGGUUGAUCAACACGGGCCUUUACCUGCUGCAGGACCAGAGCCAGCAGGUGAGGAUGAAAGCGGCGUGUUUUACCUCCAUGCUGCACCAUGCGAGACGAGGAGAAAGCCGGAGGAGCGUCUACCUGAUGCAGGUCAACCAGGCUCUGCCGCUCCUACUGGACCAGCUACUGGAGAAAUGCUGGGAUACUCCUGGCACACUGGAGGUGCUGCUGUGUCACCUGCCUCCACAUGAUCUCAGAUCUGUGCUGAGAGAGGCCUCAGAGGCGGGGUGUUCCAGUCUGUAUGAGCAGGAUGAGGCCAAUGUGUUUGCAGAGCCCUCUGUGAUGUCGGCACAUGUGCUGCCUUACCUGCUGCAGAUGGCUGACAGACGCUCUGAAUGCUCUGCUGUGGCACAGAGGCUGAGUGCAUGGGCAGAGGAGAGUGCUGCACAGGUGCUAGACAGCCUUGCAGUCUGCAAAGAGCUCCAGCCAGCAGAGACACUGACGCCGGCCUGGCUGGCUCUCCUCGUGGACCCCCGUUUCCACAGCACCCUGUGUGGCCUGCUCACCAGGGCUGCCUUUCUCCUCCGGCUGGUGAAAACAUCUGAUGAUGUACGACACCUUUGUGAUCCUUCGUCGCUGCACAUGAUUCUACAGGAAGUUUGUAGUCUGCUCAGUUGGAGCGGUGUCCACUUUCCCUCUGCUGUAACAGCUGCUGUGGCUGGAGGACCGCCACGAUGAUGGAACGAGGGGCCUUUUUCUGUACACUGGUCCACGAGGCCCGGGAUGAAAUUACCUGUGGAUAUUUCAAGAAUGCUUAUGACAUCUACAUGUGCAGCCUCAUUGAAUUAGAAGUGCGACUGCUGAUGCGGCAGUAUGUAAGAGCUCAGUGGCUGCUGUCAGAGAAGAGACCUACUGGGCAUUACGUGCCAUGUCCCUCAUAAGCUCAAGAGGCCAGUUUUUAAUACAGUGCUUUUAAAUAAAAGUUUAUAACAUCACAUUUUCUUUAGGCUUUUUAUGAAGAGGUACAGCCACUCUUCAAAGCACCUUCUUAUUCCCAGAGCAGUGCUCCUGUCCUCAGUUGUUAUUGUCCAACAGCAGCAGCGCUCAGACUGAUCCAGUGAUGUAAUGCUAUUGCGUCUGGAAAAAUGGGCUGCUUGGUGCCCAGGAGGGGAGUAUAAUGUGUGUUUUGAUGCUCCAUUAGAAACCUUCUGCCUGGAUAAGUGUCCAUUUUCCAACCACAUGAGGGCUGAAGAUGAUUGACUGGAUCUGAUAGAGAGCUGUCAGUUGCUCCACAACAGACCACAGACUAGAGAAGUCUUACAUCACCAGAUGGCCCGCUGCUUUUGUUUGAGCUGGGUGGCUCUCAGUAUUGGACAAACACUGACAUGAAAGACUUUGUACAUCUUAUGGCUGGCCAUGUUAGGCGACUUAUUUAAUGUACAUAGAAGUUUUUAUUGUUGUCUCCUUACAACUUUUAUUUCCUUGGGAUAUGAUAUUGUCAAGGGUGAUUAAAUUCUCAGAAUAAUAAACAACCAAUUUAUCAA